GCUGGGACCUUGUGCCUUUCCGGAGACGGUCGGCGGUGGCUGAUUUCCCCCGUAACUCAGGCGAUCGGCAGCGACGACAGGGCUCCGUGUCCUUCCUCGGCCUGCAUCCCGCGCCGGGCUCACCGACUCCGCCUGUGCGCGCGGCCUGGCCGGCGCAGGGUGGGAAGGGGUUUCUCGGAUCCCCAGAAAAGUCUCGGACGAGCCACGAGCCCGUGGGCUGCAGGCUCCGCGCCUCCCGUGGGGUGCUCGCGGUGUGCGGGUGCAUCGAUUCACCGCCAGGCAGGAGCAGAGGACGGGCGGGGGUGGCCGGGGCUUGAUCCGUCUGGAGGAGGCUCGGGCUUGCCGAUCCGCGCAGCGGCUUUGUCACCGCGCUGCGCCGCGGGAAGCGCCCCAGUCCGCGGUAAUCGGGCCUCGUCUUCUUUGUAGAGCCAUGGGCAGCAAGAAGAAGGAGCUUGCCCUGCAGGUCAACAUCAGCACCCAGGAGCACUGGGAGGAAAUGCUGAGUUCCAAAGGACUAACUGUUGUGGAUGUCUACCAAGCUUGGUGUGGCCCCUGCAAGCCUGUGGUGAGCCUCUUCCAGAAGAUGAGGAUCGAAGUUGGCCUGGACCUUCUGCAUUUUGCCUUAGCGGAGGCCGACCGUCUCGACGUCCUCGAACAGUACCGCGGCAGGUGCGAGCCGACCUUUCUGUUCUACGCGGGAGGGGAGCUGGUGUCUGUGGUUAGAGGAGCGAAUGCCCCGCUGCUGCAGAAAACCAUCCUCGACCAGCUGGAGGCCGAGAAGAAGGUGCUGGCGGAAGGCGGACAGCGGAAAGUGAUUAAAGAUGCUGCCCUUUGUCAGGAAGAUGAAUGGCUUCCCCGUGAAAAGCACGACGGCGAGGACAAGGAUGUGGUCGCCUCGGAGAAGACCUGUACUCUGGCGAUCAUCAAACCAGAUGCGGUGGUCCAUGGGAAGACGGAUGAGAUUAUUAUGAAGAUCCAGGAAGCUGGGUUUGACAUUUUAACAAGUGAAGAGAGGACCUUGACGGAGGCAGAAGUACGGCUUUUCUACCAGCACAGAGCUGGGGAGGAGCUCUUUGAGAAGCUGGUCCGUCACCUGUGCAGCGGACCAAGCCACCUCCUGAUCCUCACCAGGACUGAGGGCACUGAUGAUGUAGUCACUGCCUGGCGAGCCCUCAUGGGUCCCUGUGACCCCAACAUGGCCAGGAAGGAGCAGCCUGAGAGCCUCCGAGCUCAGUAUGGCACUGAAAUGCCCUUCAACGCGCUCCAUGGAAGCCGGGACAGAGGAGACGCGCACAGGGAACUGGCCCUGCUCUUCCCCAGGUUUAAGUUCUCGGAAGGCGACGUGGAAGCCCCUCAGGGCGGUGAGGCUGGAGGAGCAGCGGGCCCUGUGGAGGUCCUCGGUCCCCCGGAGGACAGGGGCUAAGCACUGGCUGGGAGGCGCUGCCAGGGCACUGGUGUCUGCUGUGCAGAGCGCCCUCCGGAUGGAGCUCUUCUGAGCAGCGCGGCUUUGCUGGUUUAGCUCUUCCAUGGACAAGGCAGGAACAGCAUGUGCUGCCCCGUCUCAUUAAACGGCACAUGCGACGCCCUGCAGAACCCGCGUCUGGCUUUGCUCCGGCGGCUCAGUUACUCUGCCCUGCCGGGAGACCCGCACCGUGCCAGCUCCGAGGACACAGCUGGGAAGGACAGGGUCUCCCCAACAGGGCGUUGAGUUCAUGAAGCAACUUUGGAGCGCAACUUGGUCACUAUGAACAUGAAGGCAGGGUGACGACGUUGGCAGUGCCACACCAGGCACGGUGCCGUGGAGGCAGGUACAGAUCCCCUGUGAGCGCCUCCUCAAACUGCACAGGCAGCCAUGCGACGCGGCCACCCCUGCCCUGUGGGUGCCCACGAUCAGGGCGUGUGCACCGAGCAAUGCUUGGAAGUCUCCGCGGGGACCAGGGCUUCCUUCCCUGUUUCUUUGGUUGCUGAUUCUGGCUAAAGACUAA